GUCACCUGCAGGAUCCGCGUCACUCCGCGGACUUUCCCCCGCAGCUCCGUCCGCCGGAGAGACAAAGCUCCGACAUGUUCUCCCCGAAGUCCCCCAGGCCCGGGUCCCGGCAGGAGGCCUGCGGCCCCGGCCCGGGUCCCGGGGAGCAGAUCUCCCUGGAGGAGUGUCAGGGGAAGAAUAACGACCCUAACAUCCAGAAACAAGGCUUCGACAACUUGGCCUACGAGUACGGGAGCCAGAGCGAGCUCUACUCUGCAGCCAAACCGGCCUCCAAAGCCACUUUUAAACUCCUGGGACUCAACUCCAAUCACCAAGCCGUGGAAACCACACUCACCAGCCUAAGUGGAGUUCUGGCUGUCAUCUGGUCCGUACCGGACAGCUUGGUCCAGGUGGACUAUGACGCUUUAGCUACCACGACCAAAGAGAUCGCCCUGCAGCUCCAGACUCUGGGAUGUGGCGUGGAAGCAGCAGUGGAGGUCAAAGUGGACGGCAUGAGCUGCCAGUCGUGUGUGCAGGCCAUCGAGGGACGGGUUGGAGAUCUACCAGGGGUCUCACAUGUCCGGGUGUCUCUUCUGGACAGUUUAGCUGUGAUUGUGUUCCAGCCUCUCCUCGUUACACAACAGGAGCUAAGAGACAGCAUCGAGGAGAUGGGCUUCUCUGCCACUUUAUUACCCGAGGCCACGUCCACUGGAGAUUUAAGCUACUGGCAGAGCGAUGUGUUGAAUGCGUCCACCCAGACUGUCACCGUUUGGAUCGUAGGGAUGACUUGUAACUCAUGUGUGCAGUCGAUCGAAGGCAGGAUCUCUGAGAUGGGGGGAGUGAAGUCCAUAGUCGUGUCGCUGAAGGAGGAAAAGGGAACGAUAAGCUUUGACCCCAGUCUGACAGAACCAGAGCAGCUGAGAGCGGCUAUCGAGGACAUGGGCUUUGACGCAUCACUGAAAGAGCCCGUGAAGAGCGUCCAGGGUCAUAAGAAGUUGGAGCUGGUUGUCUCUCCAGACCUUCAGACACCCAGCAGGUCAGGGAUCAACAACGGCGCUGCGUCACAGCCAAACCCCCCCAGCUCUCCUGAGCUGAAGGUACAGAAAUGCUUCAUCAGCGUGACGGGAAUGACCUGCGCCUCCUGCGUAGCCAACAUUGAGAGACACCUCCUCAAACAGAAGGGGAUCGUCUCAGUGUUGGUGUCACUGAUGGCUGGAAAGGCGGAGGUGAAGUACGUGCCUGACGUCCUGGAUGCUUCUGUUGUGACCCAGCUCAUCGAGGACUUGGGCUUCGGGGUCAAACUGAUUGAAGAUAAUGCUGUGACACAUGGAAAACUGGACCUCACCAUUACAGGGAUGACGUGUGCGUCGUGUGUCCACACCAUCGAGUCCAAGCUCAACACAACCAAAGGGAUCCUUGGGGCCUCGGUUGCCCUGGCAACCAAAAAAGCACAUAUCCAGUUUGAUCCGGAGGUUCUGGGCGCGCGAGAUAUCAUCAGGAUCAUUCAGAGUCUGGGAUUCCAGGCCAGUCUGGAGGAGGCAACGCUCAACAACAACCUCGAUCACUCGGAAGAGAUUCGACAGUGGAAGAGCUCGUUCCUGCUCAGCCUGGUGUUCGGCCUGCCCGUCAUGGGCCUCAUGAUCUACAUGAUGGUGAUGGACAGCCAGCACCAGGAGCAUGGAGGCUCCAUGCCCGAGGAGCAGAACGUGCUGCCGGGUCUCUCCCUGCUCAACCUGGCCUUCUUCCUGCUCUGUACACCCGUGCAGAUCUUUGGAGGACGGUACUUCUACGUGCAGGCGUACCGCUCCCUGAAGCACCGCACGGCCAACAUGGACGUGCUGAUCGUGCUGGCCACCUCCAUCGCCUACAUCUACUCCUGCGUGGUCCUGGUGGUGGCCAUGGCGGAGCGGGCCAGCCAGAGCCCCGUCACCUUCUUCGACACUCCGCCCAUGCUCUUCGUGUUCAUCGCUCUGGGACGGUGGAUGGAGCACAUCGCAAAGAGUAAAACCUCCGAGGCGUUGGCCAAGUUAAUGUCUCUCCAAGCCACUGAUGCCACCGUGGUGACUCUGGGCCCCGACGACACCAUCAUCAGCGAGGAGCAGGUGGUGGUGGAGCUGGUCCAGCGGGGAGACGUAGUCAAGGUGGCCCCCGGAGGGAAGUUCCCCGUCGAUGGUAAAGUGAUCGAGGGAAGCUCCAUGGCAGACGAGUCCUUAAUAACAGGUGAGCCCAUGCCCGUCAGUAAGAAGGUGGGGAGUCUGGUGAUCGCCGGCUCCAUCAAUGCUCAUGGAGCUCUGCUGGUGCAGGCCACUCACGUAGGAGCAGAAACCACGCUGUCCCAGAUCGUUAAGCUGGUGGAGGAGGCUCAGACCUCCAAGGCUCCCAUUCAGCAGUUUGCAGACAAACUCAGCGGCUACUUCGUUCCCUUCAUCGUUCUUGUUUCUGUGAUGACGCUGGUCGCCUGGCUGGCCAUCGGAUUUGUCAACUUCGACAUCGUGAAGGAGAACUUCCCGGGCUACAACCAGAACAUCUCCAAGGCAGAGGUGAUCGUCCGCUUCGCCUUCCAGGCGUCCAUCACCGUCCUGUCCAUCGCCUGCCCCUGCUCUCUGGGGCUGGCGACCCCGACGGCGGUGAUGGUGGGCACCGGGGUCGGAGCGCAGAACGGGAUCCUCAUCAAGGGAGGAGAGCCGCUUGAGAUGGCUCACAAGGUGGGCGUGGUGAUGUUUGAUAAGACCGGCACCAUCACCAACGGCGUGCCGCGCGUCACCCGUGUCCUGGUGCUGUGGGAGAUGGCCCGCAUGCCCCUGAGGAAGAUCCUGGCCCUGGUGGGCUCAGCGGAGGCCAGCAGUGAGCACCCGCUGGGCAUGGCCGUCGCCAAGCACUGCAAACACGAGCUGGGCUCUGAUGUCCUGGGAUACUGCCGGGACUUCCAGGCCGUCCCCGGCUGUGGGAUCAGCUGCCGAGUUUCCAACGUGGAACAUCUGCUGCUGCAGCAGGCUGACGAACGCUUCUUCCUGGCAGGAGCCACCACUGACGAGAGCAGCCUGCUCUCUGCUGGAGAAACCCCCUGCGAGGUUCAGGGAGCCUCCUACUCGGUCCUGAUUGGGAACAGGGAGUGGAUGAGGAGGAACGGCCAUCACAUCAAAGCGGAUGUUGAUGCCGCCAUGUCCAGCCAUGAAACCAAAGGGCAGACCGCCAUACUAGUGGCCAUCGAUGGUCUUCUGUGUGCCAUGCUGGCCAUCGCAGACACAGUUAAAGGGGAGUCGGCGUUGGCGGUGCACACACUGAACAGCAUGGGCAUCGAGGUGGUGAUGAUAACCGGGGACAACAGGCGCACGGCUAAGGCCAUAGCAGCACAGGUGGGGAUCAGGAAGGUGCUGGCCGAGGUGCUGCCGUCACACAAGGUGGCCAAGGUGCAGGAGCUGCAGGAGCGAGGCCUGAGAGUGGCCAUGGUGGGCGACGGCGUCAACGACUCGCCCGCACUCGCCUGCGCCGAUGUCGGCAUCGCCAUCGGCACCGGGACCGACGUGGCCAUCGAGGCGGCCGACAUCGUCCUGAUCCGGAACGACCUGCUGGACGUGGUGGCCAGCAUCGAGCUGUCCAAGAAGACGGUCCGCAGGAUAAGGAUCAACUUCGUCUUUGCUCUCAUCUACAACCUGCUGGGGAUUCCUAUCGCUGCAGGAGUGUUCAUGCCCGCCGGCCUGGUCCUCCAGCCCUGGAUGGCCUCGGCGGCGAUGGCCGCCUCGUCCGUGUCUGUGGUCCUGUCCUCUCUGCUAUUAAGAUUGUACAAGAAGACGGCGGUGGAGCUGUACGAGUCGCGGGCCAGGGGCCAGAUGAGGAGCCUUCGCUCGUCCCAGAUCAGCACUCACCUGGGCCUGGACGGCCGGCGGCGGAGCCCCGCCCUGCCCAGCAGGACCCGGGACCCGCUGGGCCAGAGCAGCCCGGGCCCCCCCAGGGCCCCGGGGCCGCCCGCCAGCGCCGGCCAGGACCAGCACCGUCGUUCGCUGCUGGACCUGCACGUGUUGUAAAGGGAAGAUGGAGGCGACGUUGGUCCCGGUUCUCAUGUUUACCCGUUUAGUCCAGGGGCCAGAGCCCAGAAUUUCACUGGUCAGUACCACUCAAGGUGACCAAACUUACUUAUGAUUUCUGAAAAGA